AUGGAAGCUGACGAGGCGUUUGUUGAGGAGUUUCUCGACGCAUGCGCCGCCGGUGAUCUGUCAAACACCCAAGAAGCCAUCUCCAGCGGGCGACUUACUGUUGAGGACCUCGACGAGGGACUCAAACUGGCGACGGAGGAGGCACGCCCUGAUAUUGUGACGGCGCUAUUCGAUGCCGGCGCUCGCGCGACCUCUGCGGUUGACUGGCUCAGCGGGGAACAACAAGAGCUCCCAGGCAUCAUUCGCCAGUUCUUCGACCAUGGCCUUGAUCCUAACGCGACCACUUCUGACGGCGAGCCUCUUCUAUGCAUUCAGUCGAACCCUGCAUCUGCUCGUGAAUUGCUCUUGCGAGGCGCCGACCCUAACCGUUGCAGCCAGAGGGGAGCAUCCCCCCUCAUCCGCGCCAUUGCGAGCGCCCGUGAAGAAGACCCAUCUCUAAUUGAGCUGCUUCUUGCACAUGGGGCAAAGCUUGAACCACAUCUACUCUUUAAGGCCAUAGCUCCGCGCUUGAGGCAAGGAGAAUUCAUGACCAAGUAUCUUCUAGCCAAGGGCCUCGAUGUUAACACGACGCAUGAAAUAUGGGGCACUCCUCUACACCGUGCUAUCGAUGCUUCCAAGCUGAGUAUGAUCAAACUGCUGGUAGACGCCGGCGCCGACCGCACAGCUCGACCAGCGGGCACGCUAUUCCAUGACGAAUCCCCCUUGGAAUUCGCCGAGAGGUCAGAACGUUCUGAUAAGCCGGCUAUAUUGAGUCUCCUUCGCUCUUAA